UCUCUUCCUCCCUUACCCUCUCCUUCAAUCUUCGCUGCCACCACCAUCCCAUCUCACCGUGGGGAUUCUGUCAAGAUGGGUAUCGUCACCGACCGCCUCCGGGGUCGAAAGACCAACCACACCGUCGAGGAUCUGGGUCCGGUGGAGGAGCAUGUCUCGCAGGAGACUCCCUCGGAGGAACUGACACGGGCGGAGAAGGAGGUGCAGGAACACCCCGAGGAAGUGACGCGCGAUGCCCCCAUCGGAGUGAAAAAGGCCGAAGCCGCCGCGUUGGUGUGGACCAAAAAGGCGAUCAUCAUCACCUACGGCUGGAUCUGGGUGUGUUAUUUCAUGUUGGCUCUGCAUGAGUACAUCGGCAGCAACGUGCUCUACUACGCCUACUCCAACUUCCAGAGCGCCUCCCAGGUCACCACCGCCUACAUCCUGGCCACCAUCAUCGGGGGGGUGUUGAAGUUGCCCAUCGGCAAAGUGCUGGGCCUCUGGGGUCGGGCGGAAGGGCUGAUGGUCUUCCUGGCGGUUUAUCUCCUGGGCAUGAUUCUGCUGGCCGCCUGCACGGGGCCCAACAGUUUUGCCGCUGGUUAUGUGUUCUAUUGGAUUGGCUACGACGCCAUCUACCUGAUCCUCGAGAUCUACAUCGCCGACACUUCGGGGCUGCGCAACCGGGCCUUCGCCUUCGCCUUCUCGACCACCCCCUUCAUCUGCUGCGCCUUUACCGGCUCGUUGGCCGCCAACUCCUUCGUCAAGACCUCGGGCUGGCGCUGGGCCUACGGGGCCUUUGCCAUUAUCCAGCCCGUCGUCUUUGCCCCCUUGAUCUAUAUCUUCAAGCACUACGAGCGCAAGGCCUACCAGCAGGGGCUGCUGACCCGCCAGCCCAGCGGUCGCACUAUCUGGCAGUCGAUCGUGCAUUACCUCCAUGAAUUCGACGUCAUCGGCGCCCUCAUCCUGAUGGCCGCAUUCGUCCUCUUCCUCCUCCCCUUCAGCCUGGCCAGCUACGGCCGCACGCAAUACCACACCGCCACCUUCAUCGCGCAGAUCGUGGUCGGAGUGAGUCUCUUCUUCGUCUUCGCCGCCUGGGAGAAAUGGGGGGCGCGCGUGCACUUCAUCCCCUACGAGCACCUGCGCGACCGCACCGUGCUGGGCGCCUGCCUCCUGGCCGCGAUCCUCUACUUCAGUUUCUACUGCUGGGACAGCUACUUCUACUACUUCGUGAUGGUUGUCUACGACCUCUCCAUCAAGGAGACCGGCUACAUGACCAGCAUCUACACGGUGGGCUCGUGCCUCUGGUCCCCCGUGUUCGGGCUGUGGGUGCGCACCACCAAGGAGUUCAAGUACUCGUGUCUCUGCUUUGCCGUGCCGCUGAUGGUGCUGGGCUCCGGCCUCAUGAUCCAUUUCCGCGGCCAGGAGGCGGAUAUCGGCUACGUGAUCAUGUGUCAGAUCUUCAUUGCCUUCGCCGGCGGCAUGCUGGUCAUCGGCGAGCAGAUGGCCGUCAUGUGUGCCUCCGCCCGGGAGAAUCUGCCCAUCAUGUUGAGUAUCCUGAGUUUGUUUACCAGUAUCGGGGGCGCGAUCGGCGCCGCCGUGUCCGCCGCCAUCUAUAGUAAUGUCUUUCCCGAGGGGUUGCGCCAGGCCCUCCCGCCAAGCGAGAAGGCCCAGUGGGAGACCCUGGUCGCCGGGGGGUAUCUGGCGCAGAUGAAGUAUGCCCCCGGCACCGAGGUGCGUGAGGCGGUGAACUCGGCCUGGGGCCACAUGCAGAAGUAUGAGGCGAUCGCCGCGACGGCCAUCUUGGUCCUGGCUUUCCCUUGUGUCGCGGUCUGGAGGCACUACAAUGUGGACAAGAAGCAGAAUAAGGGUACUAUGCUGUGAAGGGGGUGGGUGAAGGUGGUGGUUAUGAUAAUGCUUUUUUUCUUAUUUAAUACCCUGGUUGCGGGAGCUCGUUUUAAUAAAAGUGCUUUGUGUCGGUCGCAGGACUCUUGA